AUGGCUCUGGAAGAUAUUUGUUGCUUCAAAGACAAGCCUGCACAGCAAUUGUUUCCUUUUCCAGCUUUGGAGACAGAUUAUCACAACCUUGAGCUGGAAAGACUGAAGACAUCACAGACAAACUGGGGGGAUCCACAGCACAUUUUCGUGCCACCUUUCCCUCAAGCCACCCCAGUCAUCAGCAGACGCACGUCUCGUUUCAGAGCACCAAACCAUGCGCUGACUGUGCAAAGGCCUUUCCCUCUGUCUCAUGGAACAACAACCUUGGGUUUCAUUUUCCAAGGUGGUGUAAUUGCAGCAGCAGACACACGUGCCAGCGCGGGUGGCCUUGUCGCAUGUCCGGCUGUACACAAGAUCACCCCUAUUCACUCCCAUUUAGUGGUCACCUCCUCGGGCAGCGGUGCAGACUGCAUGCUUUGGGAGCGCAUCCUGAUCAGAGAGAUCAGAUUGUAUGAACUGCGGCAUAAGCGUCGACUCUCCAUAAGAGCUUCUGCCAAGCUUCUUUCCUUUAUGUUGCAUCCAUUUAAAGGCACUGAGGUGUGUGUGGCACUCACUCUGUGCGGUUGGGAAAAGGAAGGAAGGAGCACUGGGCUGGAUAACAACUUUGGUAACCAAUCUCUUGUGACUGAUGUAAGCUCUUCAGGCAUUGCCGGCAACACUUCAGCAGCAGAUCCGCUAUCCCCAAACAGUGGCCCACAGGUUAUCUACGUGUGCAGCGAUGGUGCCCGACUGCAAGGAGAUAUCAUCUCUGUUGGAUCAGGGUCUCCUUAUGCUUACGGAGUCCUGGAUGGGGGUCUGAGUUGGGGUUUGAGUAAAGAAGAAGCUAUCUCCUUGGCAAGAGAAGCAGUUUUCAGAGCCACUCAUAGGGAUGCCUACUCUGGAAACAAUGUGGAUCUUUUUCACAUCGACGCCCAGGGUUGGAUCCAAAGACCAAGGGAGGACCUGAAAGAAGAAUAUUAUAGAGAGUUGGAGAGAAGGUCCAAGCCCAGAAGAGAAAAGAAAAAGAGAGAUGCAAUAGAAAGCAGUUAG